ACAGCAUUGUAUUCCUCUAAAAAGACUGUAUUGUUUUCAGACUGAUAUAAAUGGCCGCUCUGUUUUCCGCCGGAUCUUCCUCCGCCAGGGGUUCGGGAGGCGCUGACUCCUCGUCUGCUUCGCGCAAUCUGAUUGAGUUCCGGGCGGGUAAGAUGCAACUGAAGGGCACUAAGGUGGUGCCUGAUAAGAGGAAGGGUCUUUUCUACAUUCACCGCGAGAGGGAGACCAUGUUGACACAUGUGUGCUGGAAGGAUAGAACCAGUGGGACUGUUGAGGAUGAUCUCAUUGUUUUCCCGGAUGACUGCAAGUGGAGUCGGGUGAGUCAGUGUACCACUGGGAGAGUGUUCCUGCUGCGCUUCACCAGCUCAGCUAAGAAACUCUUCUUCUGGAUGCAGGAACCGAAGGAAACCAAGGAUGAAGAGUACUCUGAAAAAAUCAACAAGAUCCUCAACGACCCCGAGGAGUCCCAGGAUGCUAUGCCUAAUAUGAACAGCACUAGUACUGAACAGUUACUCUCCCAUAUGUUUGGAGCUGCAGGAGGUGGUCCUGGGGGAUCUUCCCAGGAACAGAUGUUGCAGCAGCUGUUCCAGUCGGGUGCCCUGGGAAGCAGACUCAGUGCGGCUGCCGCAGGAGCAGGAGCAACUGGCAGUUCUUCGGGUGGGGCAGCCGGGGCUGGGUCCCGUGUACGCAGUGCAAGGGCCUCGGAGUCUGAACAAGCCGCAACAGCAAAGGCCAACACCUCGAAGGCAGUGAGCAGCAGUCAGCAGCCAUCGACCAUGCAGUUGGAUCAAUUCCAGGACCUCAUGAGCAAUCUCAGUUCAAAAGGAGCAACCUCACAUGUGAACCUAGCUGCAGCUUUACCGCUGGAUCUGUCAUCUAUGCUGGCAUCGCCACACAUCAUAGAGCGUCUGAGUGCCCACGUUCCGGCAACACCAGAGGGGCCGUCGGGUUCUAAAACAGCUGCAGCAACAGAGCUACGACAGUCGCUGGCUGCACCUCAAUUCAGACAGUCUCUGUCUUUGUUCAGUGCCGCUUUUAGCAGUGGCCAGUUGGCUCCAGUCAUCAGCCAGUUUGAACUGGGCUCAGAAGCAGAAGAGGCUGCAAACAGCGGAGACUUAGCAAAGUUUGUCGAGGCACUGAAUAAGAAAGUAAAGGAGAAACAGUCCACAUCAGAUUCUAAGCCAGGCGGAGAAAAUGAAGGGAAGAAAGAUGAAGAUGAUAAAGAGAAAGAUAACGAGAAAAAGACUGAUGAGAAUAUGGAAAUUUUCCCGGAUGACUGCAAGUGGAGUCGGGUGAGUCAGUGCACCACUGGGAGAGUGUUCCUGCUGCGCUUCACCAGCUCAGCCAAGAAACUCUUCUUCUGGAUGCAGGAACCGAAGGAAACCAAGGAUGAAGAGUACUCUGAAAAAAUCAACAAGAUCCUCAACGACCCCGAGGAGUCCCAGGAUGCUAUGCCUAAUAUGAACAGCACUAGUACUGAACAGUUACUCUCCCAUAUGUUUGGAGCUGCGGGAGGUGGUCCCGGGGGAUCUUCCCAGGAACAGAUGUUGCAGCAGCUGUUCCAGUCGGGUGCCCUGGGAAGCCGACUCAGUGCGGCUGCCGCAGGAGCAGGAGCAACUGGUAGUUCUUCGAGUGGGGCAGCCGGGGCUGGGUCCCGUGUACGCAGUGCAAGGGCCUCGGAGUCCGAACAAGCCGCAACAGCAAAGGCCAACACCUCGAAGGCAGUGAGCAGCAGUCAGCAGCCAUCGACCAUGCAGUUGGAUCAAUUCCAGGACCUCAUGAGCAAUCUUAGUUCAAAAGGAGCACCCUCACAUGUGAAUCUAGCGGCAGCUUUACCGCUGGAUCUGUCAUCUCUGCUGGCAUCGCCACACAUCAUAGAGCGUCUGAGUGCCCACGUUCCGGCAACACCAGAGGGGCCGUCGGGUUCUAAAACAGCUGCAGCAACAGAGCUACGACAGUCGCUGGCUGCACCUCAAUUCAGACAGUCUCUGUCUUUGUUCAGUGCCGCUUUUAGCAGUGGCCAGUUGGCUCCAGUCAUCAGCCAGUUUGAACUGGGCUCAGAAGCAGAAGAGGCUGCAAACAGCGGAGACUUAGCAAAGUUUGUCGAGGCACUGAAUAAGAAAGUAAAGGAGAAACAGUCCACAUCAGAUUCUAAGCCAGGCGGAGAAAAUGAAGGGAAGAAAGAUGAAGAUGAUAAAGAGAAAGAUAACGAGAAAAAGACUGAUGAGAAUAUGGAAACCAACUAGAAAUUCCAAAUGGCCAAUAGCUAAAAGGACUACUGACUGUUCAACAAAGGACUGAUAUAAGUUAAAGUAUUUUUUGGUUGGACUCUAGCCGAAAUAAGGGACAAAAGAUACAAAUCUGUUUGAUUGUUUUGAAAAUUAAGUAUUGAAAAUGAAUAAAAAUAAAGUUUCUAACUUA